ACCUUUCCUUCUUAAGGUCUUUGAUUGCCUUUUCUCUGGGAAAAUUAAUGCCUCUGGAAUUGGGGACAUGGGGGCCGAUUUUGGCCUUGUUAAUGUUUACGCUUGUGAACUGGCUCCAUGGCGCAUCAGUAGUUCCUUGUUACUUCGUCGUCGGCGACUCGAAGAUCAAUAAUGGAAACAACAACAACAUCAAGACAGCUGCCAAGGCAAACUACCCAUCGCAAGGGAUCGACUUUCCCAGACGGUCCAAUCGGAAGGUUCAGCAAUGGCAGGAACAUAGCGGACUUUAUAGUUCAGUGCUUGGGCUUCGACAGGUUUAUUCUCCCCCCUGCGAAUGCAAGCGACGAAGAUAUACUCAGAGGACUAAAUUAUGCGUCAGUUGGUGCUGGAAUUUUGGAAGAAACUGGGAAGACAUUGGUAAAUAUAUUCAUGUCUUACCAAGACGUAAAUAUGCACUUCCUCGUCUUCAAGUUAAGAUUAUAUACGUAACCCACGAAAGACACAUUUUUCCAUAUGCCGUACAGAGAAGUUAAUAGAAAGAAAGUAUGAACGUUGGAGAAAGAAGACCAAACACUCAUGUCAUGUUGUUUUAACUAAAUAGAGGUAUGCUCCAAACACUCAACUAUAGGUACUCGAUCGGCAGAACUCCGCAUGAUACUUCUAGAUAUGUCACAGGGGCUUGUAAGCAGAUCGACCUUUGUCCAAACCCAAUUCAGUUUAAGCAAACAAGAUGAUUCACUUAUAUUUUUCUUCGUAAUUUUACAAUGUUUGACUUGCUCUCCCACGAUCUGUAUUGAAUAGCUUGGUAGAACAUUUCUGGCCUCUAGAAAUGUCUCACUUUUAUAUGAAGCACCAACAUAGGUUUCUCCAAUGUCGGUAAACAUUUUUUGUGCAGCCGGAAUAAAUAAAAGACACGCGGAACAUGUCAUCGCAUCUAAAUAAUAUGAGGAACCUGCAGGGAAAUAUAGUGACAUUCAGCAAUCAGCUGAAGAACCAUGCCGAUACAGUCUCGAGAAUAACAAUGAUGUCUGGAGGGAAUGAGACCUCCGCGCUGUCUUACCUGAGCAAGUGUUUGUACCAUGUCAUGCACGGAAACAACGACUUCUGUGGCAAUUACUUCAGACCUAAGCAGUAUUCAUCCAGUUGCCGGUACAAUGCGGAACUGUUUGCGGACCUUCUGAUUCAAACUUACACGGAGAGGAUCGAGACAUUAUAUCAAUAUGGGGCAAGGAAGAUAAUGCUGGAUGCAGUAGUCCCAAUCGGGUGCGCACCCUCUCUUCAGGCAAAGAAUCCUUGGACCCAUACGCCAUUCACCGAGCGCUUCCAUGCUCCUGUUCGGAUAUACAAUGACAAGCUUAAGUCCCUAGUUGAUGACUUAAAUCGAGACUACACCGACUCUAGGUUCAUUUGUCUUGAUGAUUUCUGCAGCUUCUGGAAUCUUGUGGACCGUCCUUCAUCAAACGGUUUGGCAGUUACUAAUAUGGCCUGCAGCGGCAUAGGCAGAAACAAAGGCCAAGUCCGAUGUCUACCUCACCUGAUGCCUUCCAGGUACCGGAACCUUUACGUGUUCUGGGAUCCGUUCUCCUUGACUGAAGCUGCAAGUUUGGCCGUAGUCAAGAAGCUAUUUGACAACGAUUCUUGGUCAUCCUUCACUUACCCCAUGUCUAUCCUCCAACUUGCAAAGCUAUGAAUAUAUAGCAGCGGAGGGACGGAGUCGUGACUAUAGAGCCCCAUACAUGAAAUUUCCUAAUACAUUGCGGAUGUCAAUUUCCUAAAGGAAAAGAAACUUCCGUGAAAGCAGUUUGUUCCUCGAAGUUCGGUAUAUGUUGAA